AUAUGGUUUAGCUUCUUUGUUAAAGGUCUGUUGCAGCAAUACAAAGUGUAAUCAUAUUAACCAUGUAAAAACGGGGAAAAAACAUGGAAGAGUGUGGGAUGUAAAUACAAAGCUAUCAGCAGCAAUUGUACAUGUUGGUAUUGGUGCAACGCAAGUCAACAGUCUCCUUUCUGAGCUGAAUAUACCACCUGUAAGCCAUGCCAUGCUGGACAAAAGACAGAAAGAGAUAGGCAGAGCUGUUGAAGAUAUUGCUGCAGAGUCUAUGUCUGAUGCUUUGCAGAAGGAACUGGAAAUGAUGAAUGAAGAGAUGAACGAAAAUGGACUAGUUGUUGCUGUAGAUGCUGGAUGGCAAAAACGGGGUAGCGGAAAGACAUAUGAUAGUUUAUCAGGUCAUUGUUCCAUGGUUGGUCCUCUCUCCGACAAAGUAUUGUCAUACUCUCUGAGGUCUAAGAAUUGCAGAGUAUGCAGUGUAGCUGAAUCAACCAACAAGAAUCCAGCAGCCCAUGAGUGCUCAAAGAAUUGGGAGGGUAGUUCAAAGGCCAUGGAGGCAGAUAUGGUUAUUGAGAUGGUCCAAGAUCUACAGAAAAGUAAAGGAAUAACCAUUGAUGGAAUCAUUGGAGAUGAGGACUCUACCACUAUUGCAAGACUGAAAGCUAAUGUCAAUGCUGAUAUUAAGAAGUUGUCUGAUAAAAAUCAUCUAAAGAAACUGUUUACAAACUCUUUGUUUACCUUGAAGAAAAAACAUUCAUCUCUGACUUUGUCUGUGAUAAAGUACAUUCAGAAAUGCUUCAGUUACUCCAUAGCACAGGGAAAAGGAAAUGCUUCUCAAAUCAAAGAAGACCUUUCAUCAAUUCCAUUACACAUAUUUGGAGAUCACCAACACUGCUCCUCAAGGUGGUGCAACUUCAUUAACAACCCUAACCUGAGGUACAAGUCACUUCCACAUGGAAAACCCCUGAAAGAUAGGUUCCUUCAGGAUGAUCUGAAAGAAGUCUUCAGUUCAUAUGCAAGUCAUUCUGAUCGUCUUUCAUGCUUAGGAAGCACACAGUCGAAUGAGAGUUUUCACAGAAUGGUGUCUGCAAAAGCCCCAAAGACCCAUCAUUACAGCUCUUCUUCAAGCCUCAGAUAUAGAGUUGCUGCAUGUGUAGCCCAGAAAAAUGUUGGACACAGAUAUCUUGUAAAGGUUAACAAGAAAUUGGGCCUCUCUCCUGGCUACUAUACUCGACGACAGUGCAUUCUGAGGGAUUUACAAAGAAAGCGACAGAAGGCCAUUUCAGUGACACAGAAAUUUAAAAGGAGAAGGAGAGAAUUGAAAGCCAGGAAUUUGAGUCGAUUUCAAGUCGAUAAAAGUUCAUAA